GGCUUCAAACGGACGGCGCACGAGCUCUAACGGUGUGUGUGUGUGUGUGUGUGUGUGUGUGUGUGUGAGGUGUCAUGGAGUCAGAGCUGGAGUUCCUGAGAGAUCAGGUAAACAGGUUGAAUUUGGCGCUCGGCCGUUAUCAGGGCUCUUCAUCGGCGUUCACACAGGCUGAAGAUGUAGAGAGUGAGCCUGCAGCACUGACCAGAGGACCAUCGACCACAGACCAGAGUCUCAUGGCUCCUCUAAUAGUGGAGUAUGAUCGUCACAUGCAGCUGAUGGAGAAACAGCUCCAGCACUACCAGAGGCAGAUGGUGGAUGUCAAGGCCAGUCUGGAGCAGGUGGUGCGUGAGAAUGAACGGCUCUAUGCAGGACAGCGUCUUUCUGUAGAGAAACAGCUCCAGUCUCUCUCUGUGGAUGAAGAUGCUGCAGCAGAUGCAGUAGCUGUUAGAAAUUUGGAAGAGCAGCUCAAGUGUGCAGUGGAGGAGAAGGAGCGUGCGGUACAGUUGUGGCGAGUCUCUACGCAGGAGCUGGAUCGUCUACAGAAGCUUCACCAGAGCAGCAUGAGGGAUGAACACGCACACACUGCACAGCACCAACACACACAGAAUCAGUUGGCCCAGCUCCAACAACACGCCCAGAAACUUCAGGCAACAAAUCAGAACCUGGAAUCGACCAACCAGCAGCUGGUGAGGAGUGUGACGGAGCAGAGUGUGGAGCUGCAGGAGGUUCACACACAGCUCAGGCAGGCCAAGCAGGACCUCAGGACAGCUACUGCUAAAGUGGACGAGAUGACCAAGCUCAUGAAGGACGUUCAGGACCAGAUGCACCGCACGGAGGAGGAUGCAGCAGAGGCUCAUGGGAGAGAGGAAGCGUCUGAUCGCAGACUUCAGCAGCUACAGACGGCACUGAACCAGAUCGAAGGCAGGCUGAAGGCGGCGAGUCAGGAGGCGGAGUCAGUGCGGAGGAAGGAGGCGGCGUGGGAGAAGCAGGUGGGCGAGCUGCAGGGCCGCUGUGCCACGCUGGAGGACGAGCGGUUCGAGGCGCUUCAGAGACUCAGGGACUCGCUACAGCUGGCGGAGGAGGCGGCGCUGCAGAGGGACCAGGCUCAGCUGAGGGAGAAGCAGAGGGUGGAGGAGUUGGAGCGGAUGAAGGACGGGAUGAAGCAGCUGGUGGAGGAAGCGGCCAUCCGCACCAGGAAGGAGGUGGAGUGUGUGCGUCAGCAGUGUAACACACAGAUCCAGCGUCUCACAGAGGAACUCGCCGCGCUGCAGCUGGAGUGUUCUGAUAAACAGAGUCAGCUGGAGAGAGCACACAGAGAGAGGAAGGCGGUGGAGGAGGAGCUGGAGAAGGUGUACAGAGAGGGCCGGUACGGAGACGCAGACCUGAGGAAGAUGGAGGCGCUACACCAGAGGAGCUUAAACGCCGAGAGAGUGAAGGACGAGCUGGAGCACACACUCAACACCACACACUCCAACAUGAAGAAGAUGGAGCUGCAACUGAAUGAGGAGCUGCAGCGCUGUCAGGAGGAGGUGCGCAGGCUGCAGGUGGCGCUGUCGAGCGUGAGAAGUGAGUGCAGCAGUGUGUGUGAGGAGAGACUCAGCCUGCAGCAGGAAAACCAACAGCUGCACCGAGACAUGGACACACUGCGCAAAGAGUGUGUGUCUGCACAGAGACACGCCAAACUACAGGUGUCCCGUAUGCAGCAGGAGGUGUGUGAGAGGGAGCAGGCUGUAGAGUCGAGGCUGAGAGAGAUGGAGCAGAACAACAAACACUCCACUGAUGAGCUGCAGCGCCGCCUGCUGGCACAACAACAAAACAACAAGCGCUACAGAGAGGAGAGUCUGCAGCGCACACACACACUGCAACACACACUGACCUCAGUCAGCGUGGAGUUGAGCAGACAGAAACAGCGCUGUCAAGAGCUGGAGAAACAUUUACAGUUAGCACAAGAGAAGAUCCUGGAUUGUGAGCGUGAGUUAGCAGAGCAGCAGGAGAAGAACACUCGGCUACAGACUCGACUCACUCAGGCUGAACACAGAGCUUUCAGUGCCUCACAGCAGCUCACACUGAUGUCACAGAGGAGGAAAGCUGGGUCGCUGGUGGACCUGGACCUGCUGGAGUGACUUUGUCCUCAGUCCUCACUGCGCACACACACACACACACACACACACACACACUGUGGUUUGUUUAAAAUAAAGGAACUGCAUGUUA